UAAGCAGCGUUAGGGUUUGGCGGAAAUCGGAAGUAGAAGAAGACAAGCAGACACCGAGCCGUCUCUGCUUGCAGCGACCAGCUACCAUCGCGGAACUAGCGCUGUGUGCUAAUCGGUAGUAUUAAACAUACGAAAAAAAGCCUCAUCGAAAGCACCACCUAACUGCCCACCAUGUCGGAUGGAAGAAUCUAUGUGGGGAAUCUUCCCAUGGAUAUCCAGGAGAGGGACAUUGAGGAUCUCUUCUACAAAUAUGGAAAAAUCCGUGAUAUUGAAUUGAAGAACAAUAGAGGCACUAUUCCUUUUGCCUUUGUCCGUUUUGAAGACCCACGGGAUGCGGAUGACGCUGUCUAUGGAAGGAAUGGAUAUGGAUAUGGAGACUCCAAGCUGCGAGUAGAGUAUCCUCGAUCUACUGGGGCUAAAUUUGGCCCCAUGGGAGGAGGAGGAGGAGGAGGAGGAGGUGGUGGUGGUAGUGGUGGUGGUGGUGGAGGACCUAAGGGAAGGUUUGGACCUCCAACUCGAAGAUCUGAAUUCCGCGUCAUAGUGACUGGAUUACCACCAAGUGGCAGCUGGCAGGAUCUAAAGGAUCAUAUGCGCGAGGCAGGGGAUGUUUGUUUUGCAGAUGUGCAGAGAGACGGAGAGGGUGUGGUGGAGUUUCUCCGUCGGGAGGACAUGGAGUAUGCUUUGCGCAGACUGGACCGGACCGAGUUUCGUUCACAUCAAGGCGAGACUGCUUACAUUCGUGUCUUCGAGGAGAGGGGCACUCCCAACUGGGGUAGGUCACGCUCCCGCUCCAGGUCCAGAGGCCGCUAUUCACCUCCCUACCAUAACAGAGGCUCUCCCCCUCCGCGCUACCAGUCGCCACCACGGCACACUAUGUCGCGUCACAGCCCACCCCCCAGGAGGCACCCUCCUCAGCACCAUAGCCCACCACCACGCCAUUAUCGAUAGAAAGGCCUGCCAUUUACAGAGGAAUUUGGGAAAAUGUUUUGUAUUUCUACUUUUAAUUUUUUUUCCCAGACCUCAUAGGACAUACCAUGGUUACUUCUAGCUACAUACAUUCCACUGUCAGGAUGGCCUGGACCUGUUCCUUCCCACAGCCCGUAAAUUUGUUUUUAUUUCUUUUUUUAAACAUUUGUGUGUUAUCUGUAAGUGGGAUUAAUAUUUUAUCCCCCUUGGUAAGAUAAUAGUGUUUGUCAGUUAUAUAACAUUGGAAGUUUCUUUUGCAAAAAUUGAAUAGAAUAAUUAAAUCCUGGGUUGUGAUGGCAGACGGAUGCCAGUACAAAACUGGAAUGCAGUCUUGUCCAAAACAAAUUACACAUUACUCCCGUGAUCAUAUUGAAGUUCAUGCUCUUUUGUUUUGUUUUUUUUAUCUUGACAAAAUCUUUCCCCUUUGUGUCACAAUUUUGCUGCCUGAUGUGUGAAGUUUUUGCCAAAUUAAGAACCUGUGAAGUUUUAUCAAUAUCCUCUUACUCUUACAGAUUAGUGAGCCUUUUACACUAGUGUCAUGUCAUGUUGACCGUGAGCCUCAAUUUUCUGGGUUUUUUGUAUGUGCGAGCCUCUGACCGAGGUGGCCUGUAGGUGGACUAUAAUUUGCAUGCAUUUCUUUACCAAUAAAAUGCAAACUUUUA